AUGCCUCGGGGCGUCUCUUUUUCAUCGGGCCCCGUGGCCCCCGCGUGGCAAGCCGCGCGGCCCAGCCGCGCUUCGCUUUGUGACGGGGCUUUGCAACAAGACGUCUUGCCCUCUUGCGAACAGUAUGCCACGAUCAUUGAGGAGGAAGGCAUCAAUUAUCUCUACAUGAAGACAGUGGAGAGAGCUCACUCGCCGAAGAAUCUCUGGGAGAGAGUGAAGCUGUCCAGGAACUACCUUCAGGCGCUGGAGCAGAUCAACAAGCACCUGGAGUACUGGCCAGACCACAUGAUAAACCGCUGCAAGCAGAGGCUAACCAAGAUGCGGCAGAUGCUGAUCAGGAUGCGCAAGCUGGCGUUGAAGGGUGGUCCAAAGCUUGUACCGAUCAAGAAGAAGACAGAGCGGCGGGAAGCUGUGAGAGAGCUGAAGGCUGAGACUGCGGCAAAAGUGGACUUGGCCAUUGAAAGGGAGUUGCUGGAAAGGCUUAAGCAGGGCACCUAUGGUGACAUCUACAACUUCCCAAAGCAGCAGUUUGAGAAUAUCAUGGACAAAGAUGAGGAGCUCCAAGAGGAGGCUGAAAGCGCCAGCGACAUGGAGUUUGUGGAGGAUUUCGGUGAGGACGAGUGGGAAGACCUUGACAACAAGGUGGAGCAGGUCGAGGUCGAGGGCAGCUUGGGCUUUGGAGACAUCGAGGAUGCGAUGCCUUCCAAGAAGAGGCGCAAGGCCCGAGUGGAAGUGGAGUACGAGGAAGAGAUGGCCACGAGGUGA